GAACCUACAAACUCUAACCUUAAUUUCAAAAUCACCCACAUACCUCCCACCUGAUUGUUCCUCCGUGAGCCACACUCACUCUCUCUUCGCUCCCCCACCGCCAACCCGUCUCCCUCAUAUACACACAACACACAGUUCAGCAAACCACAAAGGAAAUAAAUGAAAUGAAAAUGGGGAAAAAGGGAGAAAGAGAGAUCUGUGAGAGAGCAGAGGAGAUCGGAGAGCAUUGAAAAUACACGUCACCAUUGAGCUUCGAAGAGAGAGGGAAGAGAAAUGCGACAGUGCGAGCUCCGUUGAAGCUGGUCACCGUCGCUGCUGCCGUCUGAGCCACCGCCAGGGGAAGCCCUUGCUGCCAUUGCUACGGGUGGAGUCUGCCAUCAAGCUGUGCGCCGUUGGUGGAGCUAUACCUUGCCGUAGUUGCUUUUCACCACUGUCAGUUCAAUUUCACCGCAAUCCUGCUCCACUUUCUUACAUGCCAUUCCUCCAAAUGAAGCAAUUAAUAUUGUGGAGACGGUUCAUUCGUACAGCUCAAGGAGUCAGUGAGACCCCUUCGUUGCAACUAGAGUGCUUGACAAACUACAUUGUCGAAUUGUCUUUGUUGGAGUACAAUAUGCUUUGUUAUGCUCCGUCACUAAUAGCUUCUUCUGCAAUUUUUCUAGCCAAGUUUAUACUCUCCCCCUCAACCAAACCAUGGAAUGCUACAUUGAAGCACUAUACACAAUACCAACCUUCUGAUUUGUGUAGUUGUGUAAGGGAUCUCCAUCGACUUUGUUGCAACAAUCCUAACUCCAAUUUGCCUGCAAUUAGGGAAAAGUAUAGUCAGCACAAGUACAAAAAUGUGGCCAAGAAGUAUUGCUCUCCCUCAAUACCUUCAGAAUAUUUUCAGAAUUGAGGAAAGAUACAGUUGAAUUGCCGGUUCUCAAGAGAGAAGGCCACUCUUCUCUUAUCAUUGUAUAUGUAGUUACCAUUUUUCCCACCUUGAUUAGAAGAGUUCUUGUUGUAUCUGCUUUUCAUUUGAUGUGGCAUGUUGUUUUUGCCUUCAUUUUUUUUCAAUACAUAUAUGUAAUAUACAUAAAUAUAAAUUUAUUUGUAUUAGAAUCCAUUUUC